AUGAGCAAUGAGGGGCCAGUGCUCCCAGGCCCGAAGCAACCGUUCUGGGCCUGCGGGGGCUGUGGCCUCAACACCAACUGGGCCUCGCGGAUCCAGUGCAGGUGCGGCAAGACGGCCCCCCAGAAGGUCGUGGCAGCCGCGAAGCAGAAUGCGAAGAAGAAUGAUGGCAACGGUAAUGGACGUGCUCCUCCUGCUGGGCGUCGUAACCCUGCUGGCGGAGGCGGCAACAACGAUAAGUUACAGAGACAGCUUGACGCUCUUCAGAAGAAGUGCGACAAGCUGGCGUCCUCUACGACAUCCACAGCAGCCCCAGCAGGAGGCGCUGGAGAUGAGUCAAAGGAGGAUGCCAAAGAGAAGCAUAUUCGUGACAGUAUCAAGGACCUCGAGGCCGCCAUCAAGGCUGUGGGCAAGCUCAGCGACGGCGGCGGCUCGGCUAAGACCUCUUUGGAGACGCAGCUUCAGGAGGCCAGAAAGGCCGCGAGCGCUGCGGAUGGGGCGGCGGUGCGGGCAUUAGGCCACCACCUCUGCCGUCGCUCCUCGGGGAUGCGGCGCGCGGCGGCCGUAGCACUGCGGGCCCCGAGCGGGGUCGCUCGCUCGGCGGACCUGCGGCCCGGCGGGCGUCGGUCUCUCUGCGCAUUCGCGCAGGCAGGCAGCGGCGCUCCCGGCACGCCCCCGCCGCUGCCCCCCCCGCCGCCGCACCUGCGCCAGCUCGCGAGCGAGCCCGGCGGACCGGCGCAGCCGCCCCUGCCGCGGGCGCCGCCUGCCACGGUGGCGCCCGGCGGCGCGCCGCCCCCGCCACCGCUCCCGCCGCCAGGCGCGGCGCUGCCCGGCCCGCCGCCGCUGGCGCCCUCUGCGCCUGGCGUGGCGGGCGCACCCUCGGGGCCUGGGCUCCCGCCGCCGCCGCCGCAGCCGCGCUCGGGGGCGGGGCUCCCGCCCGCGCCGCAGACUGGACUGGCUCCGCUUCUCGGUGCCCGCCGCGGUCUCGCGAUCGCGGCAGCCCAGUACGACGCGAUCAGGGAUUUUCUGCCGCUCACCCGGGACCCGGGCACCGUGCGGCCCGACCCAGCGCAGCUCGAGGUGGGUUCCCAGUUGCAUAUGGAGUGGUCGGGCGCGUGGUGGGCGGUGACGGUGAAGGAGGCGGGUGGAGACAAGGUCAGGGUUGGAUUCGACACGUGGUCGAACCAGUACGACGAGUGGGUGGAUCGCGACAGCUCUCGCCUCCGACUCCGCGGGGAGCACGGGCCCGCAGGGCCGGCGCUCGAGGCGGAGGCCCCCCCUGCACAGGAGAGGAAGCUCCACCCGAGCGCGCUGGUAGACUCCCUGCCACUCUCGGCCUCGAACAGGCCGUUCGUGCCCAAGCCGUACAACCCCGAGAGGGAGUUCCAGAAGCGGCAGUCCCGGCUGCGCGAGAAGAUCGCUGCGAUGCAGCAGUCGAAGCUGGGCGCCGUCGACCCCUCGCUGGCAGCGCUGCGGGCGCAGGAGGACGCCCGCGCGGCGCAGGAGGCCACCGUCGUGGCCAAGGAGGGCGCCGAUGCGCCCCUGCCGCCAGCUCUCCCUCCGCCGCCGACGGGCGGCCCACUCCGAGCUCCAGGUGCUGUGCCUUCCAGCCCGGCCGGGGCGGACGCGGCGCCCCUGGCACCUUUCGCGCCAGCCCCGACGCCGCCAGGGCCGCAUCCCCCAGAGGCGCCCGCGGCGCCAGGGCCUCCAGGCCCGCCCCCGCCAGGGCCGCCCGGGCCGCCAGUGGCACAGGAGCAAGCGCAGGCGGGCCUGGCGAAGCUGCAGGCGUCUGAGCUGCCCCCGGCGCCCACGCCCUCCGCUCCCGCGGGCGGCGGUUUCCCACCUCCCCCGAAGGUCCCCGCGGCACAGCCCCAGCUGCCAGACCCGCCCAGGGCGACAGGGCCUCUGGGCUCGAUCGAAUCCGCACCGCCGAUGCCGCCGGCACCGCCGUUGCCGCCGGCACCGCCGAUGCCGCCGACACCACCGAUGCCGCCGGGGCCACCCGGGCCUCCCGCGGCGAGCCCGUUGAAGUUGCAGGCGUCCGAGCUGCCCCCCGCGCCAACGCCCUCCACUCCCGCGGGCGGCACCUUACCACCGCCCCCAAAGGUCGCCGCGGCCGGGCAGGCGGUCCCUGCCGCACAGGCCCAGGUGCCAGGCCCACCCAGAGCGCCAGGCCUUGUGGGUUCGAUCGGACCCGCACCGCCCGCACCGCCGAUGCCGCCGGGGCCACCAGUGCCUCCCGCGGCGAAGGUGCAGGGACAGGCAAGCCCAGUGGAGCUGCAGGCGUCCGAGCUGCCCCCAGCGCCUGCACCAGUCUCUCCCGCGGGCGGCACAUCUCCAGAGGCGGCACGGGCGGCAGCGUCAGCCGUGGCGCAAGGGCCUCCACCCGCCCCCGCCGUUGCGUCUGCGCCGCGGCCGCUGCCGCCGCUGCCGCCUGCGCCCGUUCCACCAGUGCGGUGGGAGGAGCUGCUGGCAGAUGACGGUGCCCGCUACUACCACGAGGUCUCCAGCGGCCUGACGCAGUGGGAGCUGCCCACCGAGGGAUGGGUGCAGCUCGUCGACGACGACGGGGCGCCGUACUACUGGGAGCCGGAGACGAACACCACACAGUGGACAGCACCCAGCAGCGUCGCGUGA